UUGGUGCGGAGAGGGUGCACUAUAUAUGAGAGCUGCCAUUGAUGAAGAGCGGGUGAGACUUGAGCUGCUCUGCUCACGCUCACAUUCUGUCUGGUCAGGACCCAUCCCUGCUCCUUGCCAUCACUGUCAUUGGGCUGACGGUGCUCAUGUUGGCCCUGAAGAACAAGAACUCAAGGAGAAGAAAGCUUAUCACCUUACAGGACCCUGAAACCAAGUAUCCUCUGCCCUUGAUUGAGAAAGAGCAAAUCAGCCACAACACCCGGAGGUUUCGCUUUGGACUGCCCUCGAGGGACCAUGUCUUAGGGCUUCCUGUAGGUAACUAUGUCCAUCUCCUGGCUAAAAUUGAUGAUGAUUUUGUGAUCAGAGCUUAUACCCCUGUCUCCAGUGAUGAUGACCAAGGUUUUGUGGACUUAAUUGUAAAGAUCUACUUCAAAAAUGUACACCCCAAGUAUCCUGAAGGGGGGAAGAUGACUCAAUACUUGGAGAACAUGAAAAUAGGGGACACCAUCCUAUUUCGAGGGCCAACUGGGCGCCUGUUCUACCAUGGUCUAGGAAAUCUUGCAGUCAGACCAGACAAAACAAGUGAGCCUGAAAAAAAGCUGGUCCGUCACCUGGGAAUGAUUGCUGGGGGCACAGGGAUUACACCCAUGCUGCAGCUCAUACGCCACAUUACCAAGAACCCCAGGGACAACACCAAGAUGUCCCUUGUCUUCGCCAACCAGACGGAGGAGGAUAUCUUGGUGAGAGUGGAGCUUGAAGAAAUUGCCAGAACUCAUUCAGACCAGUUCAAGCUGUGGUACACCUUGGACAGGCCUCCCAUUGGCUGGAGGUACAGCUCAGGCUUUAUUACUGCCGACAUGAUCAAGGAACACCUCCCUCCUCCUGGGGGGUCCACACUCAUCCUGGUGUGUGGCCCACCCCCCUUGAUCCAGACAGCUGCUCACCCUAACCUGGAGAAACUGGGCUAUACCAAGGACAUGAUUUUCACCUACUAACACAUCCCAUGUUUUUAACAAAUUUGCCUGGUCCCUUUUAUCUGUUGCAAAGUGAGUUCAGUUUUACCAUGUUAAACUGUGAUGUUUUCAAAAGGGCCUGUUAAUGCACCCUUGGGCAUGCACACUGGCAGCCCUCUCUUUUGUGUGUUGACCUAAGAAGGUGGGCUCAAGGGCUGGAGACAAAGAGGCUUCUGAAGACUCCUUCCUUGGGGAGGCCUGAAGGAGCUCCAUUUCAGUAUCUUUUUCAGGAGAUUAGUGAAAUAAACUUAAGUACAAAGCAAAUA